CAAUCAAUUCUCACUUCAGUACUGGCCAGCUGCUACCCGAUUGCCCAUUCUCUCUCACCUCUUCCUCCUCCUCGCCACACAAUCUCCUCUAUGUCACCCUCAUACGGAAGACCCACUCAUUGCUUCCAAUUUGGAUUCCCCUGCAUCGAUGGCCUGGAGUGGUAUGUCAUUCGAUGACCUCCUCAAUAUAUCAGCAACAAGCAAAAAAUUU